AUGCUGCGUGAUUACCAAGCAGACGUCAACACUACAGAUGAUGAAUCUCGCACACCCAUUUUUCAUGCCCUUCGCGCUAGCAAUGAGACGAUCAUUGGCAUGCUCCUUUCCGAUCCGAGAACGGAUAUCAAUUGGCAAGAUAAACACAAGCAGACUCCACUUGUAUACGCCAUGGCCAGGAACCUUUUGUCUGCAGACUCACUUCUAUUGAAUCUCAAGCCAUGUGUGAAUACAAGGGAUGACAAGAAGCGAUCUGCUAUCUGGUAUGCCGUUGCACAUUGCCAUGAAAGCCUGGUACAAGCCCUUCUGAAAGGGGGCAGUGUUAUACGAACGUCGGACUACAAGAAUAUCUCACCUAUUGGCCUGGCCAUUGCCAGAAAAAGCACGAAGAUCACCCGAAUGUUGCUCCACCAUCCAGAGAAAGUGCUUACUGGAAAUGACAACGUCAGAGACCAUCUGCUCCGCCGGGCUGUAAAGGCGGGACUCCAUGAUAUCAUCGCGCUACUCGUUACCCAUGGUGCGAAUCCGAAUAAAAGAGAUAGGAAUGGCCAGAGCCUCUUGCACCAAGCCGCAGAAAGUGGUGACAAAAAGGUACUUCAACAGUUGCUUACCUAUGAACAGACAUCCGUCGACGCGAGAGACAGGUUCGGUCGCACCGCCUUCCACAUUGCAGCAGAACAUGGCCGAAAGUCAAUAGCAAAUCUUCUAUUGACCUGUAAUGCAGUGGAUAUCAAUGCCUUGGACGAUAAUGGAGCAACAGCGCUCUGUUUAGCUGUUCAGGCAGGGCAUACAGCCAUCGCCUUACAAAUUCUCGCAGAAGACCAUGUCGAUAUCAACGUGAAAGGCCAAAAUGGCAGGACAGCUCUUCAUUCCGCGGCGAGAAUAAGAAAUGUACCAAUCACAGCUGUCCUCCUCGACAAUCAUGAUCUAGAUCCGAACAUUCGUGACGAUGAGGAAUGGAUUCCCCUCACCCAUGCUGCUUCUGAGGGUGACUUACGCAUGGUGGAACUAUUGCUUACAAGAGAGGAUAUACAAGUGAACGUGCAACAGGCCCCUCCUCUAUUCCAUGCUGCGAGAGAGGGUCAUCUAGACGUUGUACGUCGAUUGCUCCGCCUUGAUACCAUCAAUAUCAACCAGCCGUUUUGGAACUCUACGGCUCUCUGUGUUGCAUCCGAGAUGGGGCACCUUGAAAUUACGAGACUACUUCUUCAACACACAACGCCACCCGACGUUAAUUUCAAAACUCACAUGGGAGACACUGCACUCUCCUUGGCGGCUGGGCAUGGCCACUUGGCUAUUAUAGAUCUCUUACUCAAAGAAGAAGGUCUGGAUGUCACUGCUAGUGAUGAGCUUGGUGAGACCGCAUUAUGCAAAGCAGCUCGUAAAGGAUAUGAACAGGUCGUCAAGCGUCUCUUCAAAGACCCUCGGGCAAAAUAUGGCAAUGAUGUGAAAGUUGCCAUUGAAACAGCUCUUACUUGUAGAAUCUCGCUUUAUCUUCAAGGUCACUUGAAUGAGGACGGCAACUUUCGCUCUUGGUCUUAA